AUGGACUCUGAGACGUCGCAAGAGGAGAAAACAUCUCCGUCUUACAGCUCCUUCAGCAAAUUUCAAAAACGAUACAUUGUUGGGACAGCUGCAGGGGCGGGCCUGUUUUCGUCUUUAUCUGCGCAAAUCUAUUUCCCGGCCUUGAACACACUAGCGAAGGAUCUUGAUGUUUCGACGUCAUUGAUAAAUUUGACUGUCACAAGCUAUAUGAUUUUCCAAGGUAUCGCACCCAUGUUCAUUGGAAGCUUUGCGGAUCAUACUGGUCGCCGACCGGCCUAUAUCAUCUGUUUUAUUUUAUAUAUUGCCUCCAACAUUGGACUCGCUUUGCAAGACAGUUACACUGCAUUGAUUGUUCUACGAUGCAUGCAAGCUUCUGGUAUCAGUAGCACUGUCGCAUUGUCCGCUGCCACUGUGGCCGAUGUGAGCACGAAAGAAGAGCGAGGCUCAACAAUGGGUAUUGUUAUGGCUGGAAACUUUAUGGGGCCAGCGAUUGGGCCCAUUAUCGGUGGGCUAUUAGCUCAGUACUUGGGAUGGAGGUCUAUAUUUUGGUUUUUGACGAUCGCAUCAGGUGCUUUCCUGUUGCCUCUGAUUCUCUUUUUACCGGAAACUGCACGAAGUGUGGUGGGUGACGGUUCGAUUCCUGCGCAAAAAUGGAAUCGUCCCCUCGUCUCCUAUUUAUCUUGUGGUUUUGAUACCACAGCCUCGUCUUCGAUCAAUUGCGAAGAAAAUCACGACUUUGCGACCGAACCCAAAGGAAAACUUCGUUUCCCCAACCCCCUGGAGCCUCUUGCCGUUGUAUUUCAUGCUAAUUCCAUCAUCAUUCUUGUGGUGACAGGAGUAAUCAUGGGCGGUAACAUGACUGUUCUUUCCUCAAUUACUGAGGUUUACAGCGCACAAUAUGGCCUUGAUGAGCUGGAGAUUGGACUCUGCUAUAUCACAUUGGGUACUGGAUCCAUUGUCGCAUCAUUUAUUACUGGACGCUUAUUAGACUGGAAUUAUAAGCGUAUGGCUGCAACAAAAUCCUCUGGGGAGCAACAGAGAGAGGUUACUUCUGUCUCCGUGGAAAAGGCUCGCAGUAUGAUAACAAUUCCCUUGGUGGCAAUUGGAAGUGUGACUGUACUCGCUUUUGGCUGGGUUCUCAGAUACGGUGCACCUCUUGCAGCCCCAGAAGUUUUGCUCUUUUUCAUCGGCGUAGGGCAGACAGGUGGUUUUAUUUCCACGUCUACGCUUUUGGUCGAUCUGCACACCAGUCAUCCUGCUGCUGCCACAGCGGCGAAUAAUAUGGUGCGAUCUUUUUUUUCUGCAGGCGCUUCCGCUGCUAUUGAUCCUAUGUUGAGUGCCAUGGGACGUGGAUGGGCAUUCACACUUGUCGCAUUUAUUCUUCUGGGAACAAUUCCAUUCCUCCUAUUACUCUGCGGGGUGUGGCGCCAGGAAAAGCGGAUCGAGGAGGAAUGA